AUGGCUGAAUACGAUGACGUCCAUAAAGAAAAAUUGGAGGCUGCCAGGAAUUUAGUGUAUACAGAAAACAUGUCUUUGCUGCUUAUUUAUUGGCCUAUAGCUAUAUUAAUGCUAAUUGGUAAUUUUACAUUUGAAGCUAUCAUUAUUACAAUUCUUACACAAACACCUUUGUUAGCUGGAGUAAUAUCAACAAAAACAAAUAAGCCGAUUUGAUUGAAAAUUUAUUUUAUUCUAUCGAUAGUAUGCGCUGCAAUCGAUUUGUAUAUUAUUUUACAUUUAUAUAAAAAUAUUCAUUAUGAAACAAAAUUUUUGGCUUAAUUUAUUAAGUUCAGUUUAUUUUCUUUAUAAAUUGAUUGUCGCGCUUGUAGAGUUUGAGAUUUUUUAUAAUACAAGUGAAUUAUGUGAAGAUGAUGAAAAUUGUUUAUUGGUAGCAAUGAUUUUUACUAUAAUAUGAGGAAUUUAUGUAAUGGUUUGUUUGUGAAUCCUCGCUAUUUGCUGCAUCAGAAUCGCUCAUGCAAAUGAAUACAAAAAGUUACUGCAAAAAACAGAAAUUAUUCGUAAGCAAUAUGACACAAUAAACUAA